AUAACCAUGCUGGACCUCUUCACACCUAUUAAAUGCCUUCUGCAGAAAGAAUCCAUUCGUGUCGACAAUGUCGUCUUCAGGCUACACUCGCGCGUCACUGUUCUCCUACUGCUCGUUUGCACGAUUCUCGUAACUGCUAAGCAAUACAUCGGCGAACCGAUUUCUUGCAUGACCGAUGCUUCCAUCGGUAUGAAUUCUGCUAACCUUUAUACCCGUAUUCAUAACAAAGAUCCCGUAAAUGCGUAUUGCUGGAUCUACAGCACAUUCACGGUAUCCCGACAUCUGAAAGGUAUUCCUGGACGGGAUGUAGCGAGUGCUGGUGUAGGACAGGCCCUUCCGGAUGACGAAGCCCGUCAUCAUCGAUAUUAUCAGUGGGUAUGCUUCGUUCUCGGCUUACAAGCCAUUUCUUUUUACGUGCCGCGCGCGUUAUGGGGCAUCUGGGAGAGAGGAACCAUAAGUCUUCUUUCGCGGGAUCUUGCGUCUCCCUUUCUAAGAGAUGUCUGGACCGAGGAGAGGAAGCAGCAGCUCGUCGAAUAUUUCACCAAAACGAAUCUGCACGGUCACAAUUUCUACGCCAUGCGUUUUUUUGGGUGCGAGCUCUUGAACUUCUUAAAUUCGAUAGGACAGAUAUAUCUGUUGGAUAUAUUUCUGGAGGGACAGUUUAGGCGAUACGGACCCAUGGUGAGCGCAUUCCUCACCGAGGAAAGUCCUCACGAAAGGAUCGACCCUAUGGCGCGAUUGUUUCCGAAGGUGACCAAGUGUACGAUUCACACAUUCGGGCCCGCGGGUUCCGUGCAAACUCACGAUGCUUUGUGCGUGCUUCCGCUGAACGUGGUGAACGAGAAGAUCUUCGUCGUUCUCUGGUUCUGGCUAGUGUUUCUUGCGGGCGUCGGUUGCCUCGCAGUAAUCUAUAGGAUUAUUGUGUUUUCUCAAGUAUGGGCGAGAGUGUAUCUUCUACGAGGUGCAGUUCGCAGGCUCGAGAAAUCUAAGGCUGAGCGUGUUGUACGAGUAUUCCAUUUCGGCGAUUGGUUCCUAUUGCACCAACUUGCACAGAACGUCAAUCCUAUCGUGUACAUGGAGCUGGUUAACGAGAUAGCGAAAGCCUUCACGACUAAGAGUUUCGCGGACUUCAUCUAGAUCCCCUCGAUCUCGCCUAAGUAGCAUUACACGGAAUUCAAUUUACGAAGCUCAAAAUGUUUUUAUAAAUAUAAACGUUCAAUGAGUAUUCUGA